CGCUAUUAUCGACGAAUUUUAAACAUUAAUCUGAUACGACAUGAAACGCUUUAUAAAUCUCGCCAGGUUAGUUGUGAUUUUAUUUCAGUUAACCCGUGGACAUGGGGCUGUUACAACCCUUCAACGUGUAUCAGGAAUCAUGGCCUUUGUUGUCUCUAAUCAAACUUCUAGGCUUGUACCCUCUAACGUUUUUCGAAUCCUCCUGCAUGAACUACCUAAGCCCCAUUAUAUUGUUAACGUCCUAUUUCUGCCUUUUCGGCUGCGUGCACGAUUACGCUAGGCACGUACAGAAAAUCUUGAUGGUCACGUCGAACGUCACCAAAAUUCGAAUAGGCAGGUACUACAUGAACAUAAUUUUGUUGCCCAUGAUAAUGAUAACGACUGCGCGCAACAGCGUGAAGAUACGUCGUGUGUUCGAGUGCAUCGACAGCGUCGACAAAAAUAUGGAAUUUCUGAACAUCAAGAUCGACUACUCGCGAAACAUAAAAAUCGAUAUCGUCCACGUCACGACCGUGGUGUUCGUCACGAUACUAUGCAAUUUGGUGGAUUAUUACGGGCUGCUUGAUAGUGACAGGAAUUACAUGUACGUUCUCAUGUGGAUCGUGGAUCGAAUACCGGAUUUCGUCAACACGGUACUAUUAUGCUCGUUCGCCGUGCUCACGAACAAAAUUGAACUCAGGUUUCGCGAGAUCAACGGGAUCCUCAACAACAUUAACGAAGGGAAGACUUUCAUUUCCGUCACCGACUCGUCUGACGUGAACGAUAAUUACAGAUUGAUAUUGUCGAAAGUGUUGCUUUUGAAGCUGUGCAAAACCGUAUCGUUACUGAACGACGCGUACGGAUUUCAAUUGAAAGUUUUAUCGGUACUAUACAUUAUAUACCUAUGCCUACACAUAUGCGCAGUUUACGCCGUCGGUGACAUUUACGUGUACACGGUGGACACAAUCUUGAGUAUCAUAUGGGGCACCCUGGAUGUAAUAAAAUUGGUGUACAUAAUCCACUUGUACCGCGUAUUAAUGUUACAGCACGCUUGAGUGGAAUUUGUACGAUGCACAACAGGACAAGUGAUAAGUAAUAUAAUAAGUACAUACAUUUGGUAUUUAUCGCUGGUGAUAUUAUGUUAAACGUACGAGCUUUUAAAUAAUGCGCUAAUAUAAGUACCAACCAAUCAG